AUGAUGAAGAGGGGAGUGCGCGGCAAGGCAAGGUCAUCCGCUAAAGACACCAAAGCUGUCUCAACUGAAACGGACGUGCAGGAUGCGCCAGUCAGCCGGGAGCGAUUGCGCACCAUCUUUGACAAGUUUGACGUGGAUGGGACCGGCAGCCUCGCGAUCGACGAUUUGGUGUCCCUCUACAGGCCUUUCGCGGAAACGACGGUGCUUCGCGCGUCGCUGGAGGCGGCUGAUACCGAGACCGAUGGCUCGUUAUCAUUUGAGCAGUUCUCCUCGGCCUAUGAUCAGUUCUGGAGAAAGCGCAAGGCAAAAGCGCCAAAAACUACUCCACUGGAGGCAGGGCUACCAGAGGGUAUGCAGAGUCGCGCGGUGGAGUCGACGGUGGAGGAGGCGCGUGCGCGCGCGGAGGAGGCCGAAGCCAGCGCAGAGGAGGCCAAACAGCACCUCGAGACGUUGGACAUGGAGCACAACGCGCUGACCCUGCGCAUCUCCGCGCUGGAGGCAAGGGUGCGUGACAUCGAGGAGCGCCGCAUCAGUGAGGAGGCGGCGAAGGCGAUCAAGGAUGAGGUGGUUAGGCGAAAGCAGGAGGUAAAACGGCUGACGCGUGCGCAGGGUGCCAAGGGGGACUACGUGCUCGUCAACGACCCGCCGGGGUCUGCGCCCGUCAAGGCCACCAGUUUCUCAGGCGGCGACGCCGAGGCGGCUGCGCGGCGCGCUGCCAAGCAGCUACCGUACAAACAGCGCUGGAUCCUUUAUCGUGACAAUGGUGACAGCUUCAAAGAAGUAGUGCGAGGAGGAAUCGGCGGCGUCAUGGGAGCGAACAAAAACAUUGAGAAGCACGUGAAAGAAGUGGUUCUCCCGCAGAAGAAGGCAAAGUUGCAGAACCAGCUGGAGAGAGCGCUGAAUGAAGGGGCGAAAGUCUGA